GGUCCCAUCCAUUAUAGCCUGUACAAAUGUGCGCGGUGCGUUAGACUCGUUCGUGUUGUUGAUGCGAGUGAACCACCCGUCUUAGUAGAGAUCUCUGCUACUAAUUGAUUUUAGUUCAAAGUUAAUUCCCAUCAGUUAUGCGUUCGGCCAUCUUUUUGGUCACGGCGCUGGUCGCAGCCUCAACAGCCACUCCGUGGGGUUCGAGGGCGAACCAGCAAUGCGCUUCCUAUUGCAAGGAGGCCAGCAAGUUUCAAUACAGCGUGGGCACAGUAUACAGCUAUGAUUACACGGGCGAAACGGCGUCCAAAAUUGGCGGCACUUCCGGCCAGGAGUCACGGCUCCACAUCAGCGCCCAGGCCGAAUUCCAAGUCGUCUCCCAGUGCGAAUUUGUCUUGAAGCUCAAACGAGUGACGCUUGAACAGUCGGAUCCGGAAGAUGGAUCUGCCAAGUCGAUCGCCCCUGGGUCGUCUCAAUUCGCCGCCGGACUGGAACAGCAAUCGCUCGUUUUCUCCUUCCAGGACGGCCAGAUCGAACACCUUUGCCCGUCGGUGGACGAGCCCGUCUGGUCGCUCAACGUCAAGCGAGGCAUCUUGUCGGCCAUGCAGAAUUCCAUGCGCGAUUUAGCCGCUUCUCAGCUGGUCUUUGAGACGGACGUCGUCGGCCAUUGCGAGACCAACUACACCGUGGAAGACCUGGGCCGCAACGGCGUCACCAUCUCCAGAAGCAAAGACCUGCUGGCCUGCACCGGACGAAACGGCCAACACUCGGCCCCCAUUUUAUCCACGCCCUACAGUUCCGCCUCAUCCAUUCAGUCGCUUCCUCUUCUCAGGAGUGAGAACGAGUGCCAGCAGACGAUCCGCAACCAAUUGCUCGAGAAAUCCGUCUGCACAGAGACUCACCUCUUCCGGCCGUUCUCCAACGGCCAGAGCGGCGCCUCCACCCGUAUUAGUCAGACGCUGACGUACAGCAGCGAACGUCGAUCCGAUCAAGUUCCUUCCGAUUACAAGAAGAAAAAGGCCAGUCUCCUGUUUGACGGCCCCAACGCCCAAAAGACUUCCGGUUCCAGUCUGGCCGCCAUCACGGAGAUCCUGAACCUUCUCGUUGGAGAGUCUCAGGCCGGAAUUUCACCGGAAACGCCCGCCCACUUUUCCCGAUUGGUCGCCGCUCUCCGCAGCACCUCCUACUCUCAGCUGAGCGAACUCUUUGGCAAAACUCAAAAUGCCCAGGCCAAGAAGUACCUGAUGGAUGCCGCUCCGCUGGUGGGCACGGCCGCCAGCUACGGACUCAUGAGGGACAUUAUCCAGGAAGGUCUGCUCGCCGAUUUGGAAGUGGACAUGUGGCUGGCUUCGCUGGCCUUCCAGCCCAAACCCACGUUGGAAAUGAUUUCCGCCGUCUCGCCGUUAUUAGCAGACAAGGCGACUGUCCGUCCCAAAGCCCUAUUGUCCAUUUCGGCCUUGAUCCACACCUAUUGCCGGACUCGUCCGUCUGGAUGCCAAACGGAGGAGGCCGUCAGGGAGGCCGUCGUUCACAUUGAGAACCACAUCGGCAUCGCUUGCCGUUCCCGGGACCCCGAAGAGCAAAACACGAUCCUGCUGGCCCUGAAAGCCCUCGGCAAUGCCGGCCAGGUCGUCUCAUCCGCCGAAACACUAAAGAAAUGCUACCAGGAAGAAACAAAUUCCAUGGUGAUCCGGCUGGCCGCCAUCGACGCCAUCCGUCGAGUGCCGUGCCACCUGGACGGCCGCAGCUCCGUUCUCUCCUUCUACCUGGACACUAAGCAGAAUUCCGAGCUCCGCAUAGGCGCCUACCUGGCCGCCAUGCAGUGCCCGUCUGCCCAGCUGCUGGAGGAAGUCAAACAGGCGCUGACGGGCGAGAAGAUCAACCAGGUCGGCUCCUUCGUCUGGACUCACCUGACCAACUUGCAGGAGACGAGCAGCCCGUCUAAGCAGGCCGUUCGCCAGCUGCUGGCCAACGAGUUCCUCCGCAACAAGUUCAACACGGACGCCCGCAAGUUCUCGCGCAACCUGGAAGCCUCCAGCUACUGGCCGGACCUCAACGUCGGCGCAACGGUGGAGAGCAACAUCGUUUUCUCAUCCCAGUCCUACCUGCCCCGCUCGGCCACUCUGAACCUGACGCUGGACCUUUUCGGCGAAUCGCUCAAUUUAUUUGAACUUGGCGCCCGGCUGGAAGGAUUUGAAUCGCUGGUCGAGUCCUUUUUCGGACCCAGCGGAUUCUUCCCCGACGAUUCCAUCCAGAAAGUGCUGGAAACUUUGCGAGGCAAACGGGCCGCUCCGCUGGACCAGCAGUCGCUCAACCAACUGUCCACCGUCUUCGACGUUAAGGGACAAAUGGCCGACCAGCCGCAGGGCGAUCUGUACCUGCGUGUCUUUGGCAACGAAUUGCACACCCACCGAUUCAAGGGGCUGGACCAAUUGACGGGCAAAGCUUUCCCAAGUCCGCUGGCCAUGCUGCUGGCGGCUGCCGGCCAGAAGGACGUCGAUUUCAGCAAAUCCAUGUCCGUCUUGGACGUUUCUUACGUCUUGCCGACUGUCGUAGGUUUGCCGUUGACUUUGACGGCCAACGCGACGGCCACCGUGGCUUUCAAAAUGGGCGGGACCUUCCAGACGGCCAGCUUGUCCGACGUCAAGGUGACUGGGCACGUCAAGCCCAGCGGUACCAUCGAAAUCAACGGAUUGAUGGCCGUUGACGCUUGGACGUUCAUGCGCAGCGGAGUCCACGUCCAGAAUGUCAUGCACACGUCGACCGGCCUGUCCGGCAAGGUCAUCAUCCAAGGCAAUCGAUUGGUUUCCGUCCAGAUGGACGCCCCGCAGGAGGCCACCAACACCUUCAGCUUCGAUUCCCGGCUCUUUUUGCUUCAGGAAGACGGACCCAAGGCCGUCCAGCCGGACCAGAGGCCCCGAAUUAACAUGAAAUCCUGUUCGCCGACUUGGUUCAGCCGGACAUUCGGUGCCGAGCUCUGCGGUGAGCUGGACUUGUAUCCCAGGACCCUGGACGGACCUCGAGGACCUUUGACCGGGCCGGCCCACGCCGCCCUUUUCCUCCGCAAGACGGACAAGCACAGCAGCUAUCACUUGGAGUACAAACGUGAAGGCAGCCGGUCCGUCAGUCUCGUCAUGGACACGCCCGAUUCGUCCGUCAAUCGUCGCCUCUCGGCCCAGCUGACGGCCGACCAGCUGGCCAAUACUUUGAGGGCUUCUCUCGUCUGUCCGACCAAUAGUUUGGAUGUGACGGGCAAGUACGAGUACAACCAGUUGGUGAAGGGACUGGACGUCCUGCUGAGCCUGGACGGCGCCGAGUUGGUCUCACUCCGGACGGCCCUACGCACUGAUCUCAAGGGCCCAUCCGGCCGUUACGAACCGAACCUGGUCGUCAGCAAGCGCGGCCGGGAAUUGCUCAACUUCCAGGGCUACUUCAGCUACGUGUCCGGCAACAAAUACGGAUUCGAUUUCCAGCUGAAACACCUAACUGUCCGUCCCAUUCGCCUGUCCGGCGAUUUCAGCAAAGAUGGCGACAACAAACACGAAUGGAGUGCCGGACUGAAAUCCUACUUGCUGGACGCGACGCUGGCCACCACCAUGCGCAUUUCCGACAAAUUGACGACGGCCAAGACGAGAAUCGGCUACUCGUUGAUGGAGGGGACCAGCCACAGUUUUGAGCUGUCCGGCAAAUUCAACCGGGCCGUUAAAGGCUCGCUGAAGAAGACGGUCUUGGCCGGCAUCGUCCAGAGUUCCCAGUUCCCGCAGUACAACGGUGAUCUGUCCUGGGAUCUGCAACAAUCUGAAAACUACCUGGAGAACAACGUCCGGCUCAACGCCGGCGCAGACCAGUGGGAAGUCCAGCAGCUUUACUCUGUCCAGCCACGGGACGUCAACGUCCGUCUGGCCGUGACUUGCAAGCAACAGAAAGUCGAUUUCUUGAUCUACACUCUGUUCCAGCACACGGACACGACGGCCAGCAGCCAAUCGGGACUGCGGCUGUCGCCCGGCAGGCAGUGGAGCGGCAAGCUGGACCUGACCCGCCAACACUUCCAGCCCGGCCGUCGUUACGGCGGUCGCCUCGAACUGAUUUCGCCGACGGCCAGCCGCCAAUUGCGGGCCGAUGUCAGCCAAGAGACGGACAAGCGAUGGGAUUUGACGGUGGAAUACUCGGCCGAUCAGAAGAUGGAAGCGUCCGUCUCGGCCGUCUACAAGGAUCUCAGCGCCGGAAUCAAAUGCCAACACUCGGUCGAGGUGAAACUGCGCAGCUGGGCCGCCGAUGAACUCGACCUGAACGGCCAAUUCGUCGCCAGCCCCACCGACAGCCAGUUGAACCUGGACGGCCGCUACGGUGACCGCAAACUGUCCGGCUCUGUCGAAUACGAGCACCGAGAAGAGCUGGACCAUCGAGUCAGCGCCAAAAUCAUCCGCGACGAUGAAACGCCCGUCUUCCAGGCCGAUUUCACCAUGAACGCCAAAUCUCAUAAAUCGCUGGCCAUCGACAUCCAGGCCGUCCGCCAUAUCACGGUCGACGCCAAGAUGUCGCCCAGUUUGGCCAGUGUCCAGGUCUACUGGAACAAGGACGUCGAUCUGAGCCAAUCCUUUGGAUUCACCGGAAAACUGAGCGCCACCGGAGGCGAUGCCCAGCUGAAAUACAAAUCUUGGCCGCCCAUCCACAUCAAUGUGGACAAGAUUGACAAGGAUCUCAAAAUCCAGCUGGAAUGGAACGAAAAUCAAGUGGCCAUUUUGCGGAUGGAACUUCUUCCCACCCGGACGGCCGGCCUCCUGACCACUCCCUUCGACGGAUUCCGUCGCAUCACUUUCGACAGCUUGCACCAAGUGUCCAGCAACGCCGUGGACGCCCAGCUGACGGUCGACUGGCAGCGGGAUCGAUUCACCGUGUCGGUGACGGGCAGCAAGACGUCCGACAACGUCCAGGGAUCUUUCAAAUUGAUUUCGACUUUUGCCCAGCUGGAGAACGUCGGAGCCGAAUUCCAGGCCCUGGCCAGCCAGCCGAUGCACCGCUACAGCUUGGCUGUCCAGCACGGCGAUCGACGGGCCGAACUGUCCGCCGAUUACCACCGGAAGGAAUUCACUUUCAAGAGCGCGUCCGUCAGCCUGGCCACGCCCUUUUCCGGCUACGAGGCCUUGAAGGCCAGCGUCGUUCACAACCAGGUGGUGUCCGGCUUCCAGACGGACAUUAAGGUAGAAGGACCUUUCGCCAGCCGUGCCGGCAUCACCGUGUCCAACAAGAAGGUCAAAUCCGAGACGGCCGGUAACUUGGCCGUCACCACCAAUUUUUCGGUGCUGGAAACUUUCACGACUUCGUUCCAGCUCUUCAACAAGCCGCUGGAAAAGAAGCUGACCGUCAGCGGAGAUCUCAACGGCCAGCAGAUGACUGCCCGCGCCUUCACCAACUUUGCGGAUCGAAAAUUCCGCGGAGAUUUGCACGUGUCCAGCCCGUUCGCCGACGACAUCCGGGCCACUGUGAACCACCGCUACGAGGGCCAGCUCCUUGAGAGCCAAGGAUAUCUCAGCUGGGCCAAGGAAAAGGAAAUUCGAGUCGAUGUAGAUGGACAGUUCGCAGCCGGACAGGCCGUCCUUAACGCCACCGUAUCCACCCCUAAUUGGGCGGCUAGCGGUCGGCUGGACCACAAGAAAGUUGCUAGCAAAAUGGACACUUUUGCCGAGGCGGAAUUCAGCGGCCAGCGGGUGACUUUCACCCUGAACGGGCAGAAUCUCGAGCUGGACAACAUCCGCCUGGAAUCGAAAUUGACAACUCCGUUCCAGGGAUUGGAAGACGUCCGGCUGAAUGUGCUGCACCGACGAGACGAACAGAAAACGACGACUCUGAUCAAGACGGCCCGGAAGCAGGCGGAAAUCACCCUGGAACACGACGUCGAGUACACGGACCUCUUCAACUGGGUCAACCGGCUGGCCGUCAGGACGCCGUUCGACGGCCUGUCGUCCCUGACCAUCGACUCGAAGCAACUGUGGACCAACGUGCUGGAACACGACGGCCAGCUGCAGAUCAACGGCAAGCGGGUGACUGUCGCCCUGAAGGCGGACAAGAGUCAGCCGGGCAAAUUGACGGCCAGCGGCUCUUUGGCAACCAGCUGGUCGGAAGACGUGACUUUCGAGCUGACGCAUUCCGACGACGGGCAGAAAUUCCACCCGACGCUGGUCAUCCGCAACGGCAACGGCCAACCCAUCCGGUUGGAGACGGCCUACAAGCGCGGCCCUAACAAUCCCAGUCUGACGGUUGAGGUCAUUUCGCCCCUGUCCGAGCCCCUUAAACUCUCGGCCGCUUACGUCAACAGCCUGCCCGUCCAGACGGCCAAUCUGAGCCUCAACUGGAACGGAGAUCAAAACAUCGACUGGACACUUGACUGGGCCCUGGCCGCUUUGCAGUCGUCGGUCAAGACCCGACUGUCGACGCCGUUCAGCCGCAACAACCGGAUCGAGGCGGACGUCGCCUACGACGUGACUGGGCAGCGGAAAACGGCCACUGUUCUCUUGAGACGGGACGAUCAAACCGUCAGCCUGGAGGCUUUCGCCGCCGGCCAAGGAUCGGCAUACCAAUCGGAAUUGGUCCUGUCCAGCUCCUUUUACCAAACGGUCAAAGCCAGCGCCGUUGUGGACGUCGCCGGAGCCCGGGCCAGCCUCAAACUGGACCGCGGAAGCAGUCAGAUCCACCUGCACGGUGCUUUGGCCAUGACGGCCGCCCAGACGGCCGUUACGGCCACUCUUGAGACGCCGUUCAGCGCCCUGCGUCUGGUCAAAGUCGACGCCUCUCUAAAAUCCAACCGGGAAUUGCAGCUGGGCAUCGAUUUCGACGGCCAGAAAAUCUCUCUGACUGGAUCGCAUUCUUCUGGGCCGGCCAAAGGUUCCUUGAGGGCCAGCCUGAAGACCCCAUUCACUGGAAUCCAGUCCGGCAGCGUUGAUGCGUCUUACGAUGCUUCCGGCGCGGUCAAAACGGCCUCGUUGACCCUGUCCAGGAAUCACAACGUCAUCCAGGCCUCUGGCCAAAUCACCCUGACUGGGCCAGUCAAGCUGGCCCUCAACGUCCGGGCUCCGUGCUGCGGAAUUCAACACCUGGACGUGACCGGCUCGUACGACGAGUCGGCCGAGAGCAAAUCGGGACAUUUGAAGCUGGACCUGAACGGCGAAAAGUACCAGCUGGAUGGCAAAUUGAUUCGGAGCGACGGGACGGCCGAAGUGGCCCUGAAAUCCAUGACCGGAUACCAAGGCUACGAGCAGGUGGUCAUCAACGCCAAAUACGACGUCCGUCUGCCGGCCAAGACGGGCACGAUUGUCUUCAGUAAGAACAACGAGCGAUUCCACUUUUCCGGAACGGCCGACGCCCGCAGCGUCGUCCUGGACCUGACCACGCCCAUCGUGCCUUUGAAAUCCGCCCGGUUGGAGGGCCGUUUCGACGCCGAGACGGCCACGCUGACCCUCGUCCGCAACGAGGAGGUCAUCAAGGUGACGGCUGGCGGAUCGUUCGGCGCAAUGCUGGGCAAACUGGACUGCGGACUGGAAACGCCUUAUUCUGGCUGGGAAAACCUCCGGGCCGAAUUGGUCUACGAUUUCCAAUCGCCCAGGAAGUUGAUGGUCCUGGACGCCGGAUCCUUCCGCACCGAAAUGGAAUGGAACGGACGCCGUUUGGUGGUCCGUUCCAACACGCCCAUCGUCGGCUACGAGCAGCUGGAACUGACCGGCGACUACGCCCUGGACAACCGCGAGCUGCUGGCCGCCAUUUUCCUGAAGAAGAACACGGAAACCAUCGAAAUUCGCUUCAACGGCCUGCUGGACUUGGCCGGCCAACAGGCCUCGUUCGAGUUCCAGUCGCCCGUGCCUUUGGUGCGGAUGGUGUCCAGCAAACUCAAGUGGGAAGCCGGCCAGGGUGAGAGCAAAUCGUUCAACAUCCAGGCGGCCAGAAAUGAAAUGACUUUUGAGCUGGAAAUGAACGGCCGUUUCGUGGCGCACAAUUCCGCGUUGACGGUGGCCGGACGGAGUAACAUCCAAGGAUGGAAUUCCGCCUCGCUGUCGGCCGCCUACGACGUCCGCACGUCCGUCUCGGCCAGUUUGAAUCUGGAGAAGAAUGGCGUCCAUCAAUCGUUUGCCGGACGCGCCAAAUUCGACGACGAAUCGGCCGUUUUAACGGUCCAGACGCCGUUUGAAGGUAUGCGCACGCUGGGCAUGUCCGGCAGACUGGUCGACGCUUCCAAAGUGAACGUCAGCAGCGACCGGACGGCCACUCUGCACCUGGAAAGAGAUGGGCAGUCGCAAGACUACGCCCUGGCUCUCAGCUUCGACGCCCAUUCGGCCGCUCUGAGCGUCGAGACGCCGUUCCGCAACUACGAGAAGAUGUCGGCCCGAGUCCGCUUCGUGCUGGACAGGCCGCAAAGGACCCUGAACCUCGUCGUCAAGAAGAACAGCCACCGAAUGGAAUUUAACGGCCAGGCCGGCAGCGGAGAGGCCGAAUUGAAGUUGUCCAGCACCUUGAAAGGCCUUGAAAACGUUUUGAUGGCCGGCCGUUACGACCUGGCCUCGACGGCCAAGACGAUGGCUCUCAAGCUCAUCCUCAACGAGAAGAUGGUCCAGCUGAACGGGUCCGUCGAGGGACUGAAAGUCGCCAUCGACUUGACGACGCCUCUGGCUGGAUUCGAGUUUGUCAGUCUGACCGGCGACGUCCAGCUGUCGGCCAAAACGGCCCGUUUGAUGCUGGAGCUCAACGGCCAGCGCUACGAGGCCAGCGGAUUGCUGACGGACCGGAAAUUGAUGGCCCAAAUCAAGACGCCCGUCGAAGGUUUCCAGGUCACCGACAUCAACGGCCGCUGGAACGAGAAACAAACGGAAUUCGGACUGACCAGCUCUUGGCUGGGCAAGAUGAUCGUUUCGACCGAAUACGAGCUGGACAGCAGUUCGCUCCAGUUCGGCCGUCUCGUUCUCAAUCACAACGGCGUCCGUUAUCGCAACGAAUUGGUGGCCAAACUGGCCGAUCCCUGGACCGGAGGAGAAUUCCUCCUGGAUGUCCAGCUGCCUUUGGACGGCCUCCGCAACGUGACAUCCACCCUGACCUACGACCUGGCCUCAUCUGAAAAAUCUCUGUCCGUCACGCUGGACACUUCCACCGUCCACUACGAGACGACGGCCAGCGCUAGUUUGGACAGCCAGUCCGGCAGGGCCGUCCUCCACGUCCAGACUCCGGUGGCCAGCUGGGAAGAGAUGGACCUGAGCGCCGGCUACGACCUGGCCAAGAGGACCGUCUUCGUGCUGGGCGAACGCAAUGGCAAGUCCGUCGUCUUCGUCCAGGGAUUGGCCACUUUGUCGGCCAUGUCCAGCAUCCUGUCGUCCUCCAUCCGCGUUCCGGCUCUGUUGAACGACGACAUCGAGAUCGUGGCCGCCUACAACAUCGGGCCGGACUCGACCGAUGCCAAGAUCAAGUACUGCGCCCAUGAGGUCCUUUUCGACGGGCAAAAGAGCGCCAACUGGACAACGGCCAUGGCCACCGUCUCCACCACCUUCGACCAGCUGCAGAGCGCCCAGAUCAACUGGAACGUGGCCAAGAAGACGGCCUCUCUGCACCUGAACGGCCUGAAAGCCACGCUGGACGGGCGCAUUCAGAGUGCCCAGGAAGUUGGCUUCAAAGCCACUCUGUCCGACCCCGUGCUGGGCACCCACUCGGCCGAAAUGGAAUGGAACAUCCUGGCCGGCAAAUUCACCGGCCGGGCCGAGUACAAAAACGGGCAGAACCGACGAUUUGGAGCCAAUUCGUCCGUCAAUUUCUCGGCCGAAAAGGGAGACUAUCAACUCACUAUCCAUACCGGGCAGGCCCAGCUCGGAGAUGUCCAGCUCAUCGGUCGCUGGGCUUCUGACGAGAAAAUCAAAUCCGAAUCGGCUCUCCACUGGGCCGGCGUCAAGAAAUUCGAGGCCGUUUUCGACGGACAAUUUUCCGUCCUCCGGUCGGUCGCCGGAUUGACCCUGUCGUCGCCCACCAUCCGCCCAGUCAAAACUGAAAUUCAAUACGAUUUCUUGUCCGCUCAGAAAUCCGUCAAAUUCAACCACAAUUCCGUUUUCCAGUUGAGCGCCGUGCUGGCCACGGAAUCGAUGAUCAGCUGGAACGGCAAAAUCGACGUGACGGCCAGAUCUGAAAAAUACUCGGUGACGGGCAAGUGCAACAUGGAGCCCAACGUCUACGUCAAGGAAUUCAUGAUCCAGCUGGAAAAUAUCGACCUGCCCGUCUCGGAAUUGCGGAUGACCAUCCAGGAACGCGACCAGAGGAUCGUCGUCAACGCUUCCGUCAACGGGCCGGCCCUGGAGGACGAGCUCAUGUUCCACGGACACUACGACACUAGCCUGGGCAUGAACGCGUCCGGCAAGCUCAGCUGGGCAGCCGACAAGAACAUCCAGGCCAAUUUCCUGAUGAGCGCGGCCGAAUUGACGGCCGAAUUGUUGACUCCGUUCGCCGGGCUGGACAAGACCAGCCUGUCGGUCAAAUACGAUCUGGGCCAGCAGAAGCAAACCCUGGACUCGGUUUUCCUGUGGUCCGGCCGCCAAAUCACCGGCUCGGCUAAUUGGGAAUCGAUGGACGGCCUGGUCUUUUCUGUCCGUUUCACGACGCCCUUCCAGGGAUUCGAGGAGGUCGGACUCCGCGGGACUUUCCUGGCCGGCUCCGACUACACCACGACGCUCUACUACACCCGGGCCGGCAAGGUGAUCGACAUUCAAGGCAAAUUGACUUCCAACGCGGCCGGAUCGACGGCCAGGAUCACGUUCGCCGGCGAGAAGGAGCAGCUGUCGGCCGUCGUCGAGUACGACGUCCGUCAGCCCAAGAAGACGGCCUCGUUGACACUGAGUCGAGGAGCCAAUCAGCGCCUGAGCGUGACGGCCGUCGGCGAGUUCUCCGACAAGAUCAACGCCAUCCUGUCCGUUGAAACCUCGUCCACUUUGCCCGUCAGGAUCAGUUUGGAGAUGGACCCCAUCGCCGUUGAGAAAAACGGCCGUCUAACCGUCGAGUGGGGCCAGCAGCAGAAGCUGGAACUGAUGGGAAGCGGCUCGAUGACCAAGACGGGCAGCAAGUUCCGUCUGGCCGCUCAGACUCCGUUCGAGGGCUUCAAAAAGAUCCUGGUCAACAGCCGGAUGAACCAGAAAGUCGUCGAAUUGUCCGUCGAGUACGGCCGCAACCGCAAAGUCCAGCUCAACGGCCAGUACCGCUGGGAUCCGAAAUUGUCCGUCUACUCGUUGAACGGAACUCUAGCCACACCUUGGCUGGAACACGCCCUGGCCGGGCAGAGUUACCUGGAUCUGAGCAACGGAGUCCACUGCUCCGUCUCCUUCAGUCCAGCGGCCGAAAAGGCCUACAACAUUAACGCCACUUACCGCAAGUCCGGCUCGUUUGAAGCCUCGGUCCAGUCGCCCGUCGACGUCCUCCGCACUGCUGGAAUUUCAGGAGCCUUCGAGACGGACAGCCGGAAAUCCUCCAAGAGAUUCGCCGUCGGCAUGGAAUACAACGGCCGCCAGGCUUCGAUGGAAGGCCGUCUCAGCGGCCUCAACGCCCGCAACGCUUUCGUCAAAGGCUCCUGGAACAACCAGGCCAUCACGCUGGACACCUUCUACCAGAAUGACCAGGCCGGCUUCAAGAUGGCCGCCAACGUCACCACGCCUUUCCAGGGAUACCAGAACUGGGCCGGCCGUUUCGAGCGGACCAAAAAGGACUUGCAGUGCCAAGCGACGCUUCAUUUAAUGACGCCGUUGCCGGCCCUUCCGUCCAUCGACGUCACCAUUCAGACUCUCCUGGAAGCCGGAAAACGCCUGGAAAUCGUCACUUCGGCCAGCGCCCUGGGCCAGACCGGCCGGGCUAAAUUGCAAGUGUCCAAGAGCGUCAAGACGUACCUGGGCUCGCUGGAGCUGGACAUGCCUUUCAUGGAAACUCUUCCGUCGGCCACCAUCCGGGCCGAGUGCCAAAUCGACGGCUGGAAAAACGUCGUGUCGACAGUGACGGCCGGAGUGCCGGCCGGCGAGUACACGGUCAAGGGCUCCAUGCUGAUGGGCAAGUCCAGCUUGAACCUCAACGCCGGAAUCAAGACGCCGUCGUUUGCCAAGUCGAUCGAGAUGGGCGCCGGAUACAACGCCGACAACCUGGACCUGGUCCAGGGAGAGAUUUUCGUCUGGGACAACAAAUUCGAGGGCCGUUACGAGAAGCGCGGCCAUCAGAUCAGCGUCGAAUUGAGUUCCAACCUGCCGGACCUCAAGCUGGCCCACAAUCGGCUCAACUUCGAGGUCAAUUACCGAUCGCCCCGUCAACUCCAGUCGUCCGUCUCUUUCAUCACAGUCCAGAGGAGUCACACCCUGUCCGUCUCUUACCAGCUGGCCGGCAGUAAAUUCACCGGGCAGCUGGACCUGGACAGCCCCGUGUUCCAGUCGAAGAAGACUCUGUCGCUCAAGCUCAACUACGCCAGUCUGGCCGCCAUGACGUUCGACGGCAAAUUUGUCGACGGGCAGAGCACCUGCGAACUGACGGGCGUUUUCCGUCUGUCCGGCGGAACUGUGCACAGCCAGGCUAAAUUGUCCUGCCCCAUGUUUGGCACGGUGUCCGUCGAAAUCACUGGCAGUCCGGCUGAAGGUAAAUUGACCGUCACUGCUGGCCCGUCCGUCCAUCGAUUGGGCUACAAACUGAACGCCGCCAGCGACGGAUAUGACUUCACCAUCAACGCCGAGUCGCCCGUCUUCAAGCCGGUGCAUUUGCGCGGAAUUUGGAUGCUAGGCGACGCCCAGCAAGGCCAAGCCUCUCUGACGGUCCGUCACGGCGAAUCGGCCCAUUCCGUUCUGGCCGAUUAUUUGCGUUCGGCCGGCGACAAAACGGCCGGCUCCUUCAGUUUGGCAUCUCCUUUCUUGCCCGGCGGGCAGGCCAGCCUCCAGUUGCAGUACCAGCCGUUCGAUUUGAACGUCCAACUGGACAUGAUGGGCCAAUCGCAUCGUCUCACUGGACUCUUGCAACGCUGGCCGGGCCUCAACGGCCGCCUUCAACUCGACUCGCCUCUACUUCCCUGGAAAACGGUGGCCCUGAGCGCCCAGGCCGAGCGAAACGUCCGAGAUUUCCUGCACGGACGGGCCAACAUCACGGCCAGCUACGGAGAGCAAAGCCUUGGCCUGGCCGGCCGUUUCCGCUACUCCCAGUGGAGCGACUUUGAAGGAACGGUGGAACUCAACACGCCGUUCCAGGGACUGACCAUGGCCCGCGCCGACGUCCAGCUGACGGCCAUCAACGCCCAGCGAGUCAACGCUUCCGUCAGUUUCCAGUCAUCCCACGUGGUUCUGCCCCGGGCGUCCUUCAACGUCCAAUACCAACUGACCCCGACGGCCCUGGACGCCUCGGCCACUUUGAACACGCCGUUCAGUCGCUGGGAGACGGUCGGGCUGGCCCUGAGCGUUCCGCUGGUCCUCAACGACGCCAGAGCCCUGGCCUCCCUAUCGCUGCCCGGCUCGAGCUAUUCCGUCUCCGGAAUGGCUUCCGUCGGCCGCCGCCAGUUCCUGACGGAAUGGAAAGUCGACUACGCCGGCCGGCCAUUCGCCGCUGAGGUCGUCUUCAAGGCCGACGAGAUCUACCAGGCCAAAAUCGACGUCCAGACGCCGUUCAGGGGCUUCGAGAAAUACCUGUGGGACGUCAAGGGCCAGGCGGACGUCCGUCGCUGGGGAGAGGCGACGGCCUUCCUGGACUGGAACGGCAAACGGAUCGAGUUCAGUUCCAACGUCAAAGCCGAGCCGCUGGCCUACAUCGCCGUUGUCCAGCUCAACACGCCAUUCGUAGAUUUCGAACGCUACGCCGUCCACCUCCGAUUAGAAGGGACGGACCGCAAGACUCUGCAGGUCGAGCUGGAAUCGCCCGGCAUGCGGGUCGGGGCCGAUUUCGAUUAUUCCUUCAAUUCCGUCACGGAUUUCGUGGGCAAAGCUUCGAUCCGGACGCCUCUGUCCGGCUACGAGUCCUUCACCCUCCACCUGUCCAACCAGCUGGGCAAGUCUUCCUAUUCGGCCAACGCCGAGGCCCGUUUCGCCGACUACGGACUGGCCGCCAGCGUCGAGGGACUCGUCAGAGACGGCGGAUUCCAGGCCCAAAUGGACGGACGCUACAACGAUAGGGUGGUCGUCCUCAAGGCCGGCGGUUCGCUGGACCACAAGCGGGUCACCUGCAACGUGGACCUGGUGACGCCCUUCGAAGAGCUCAAGACCCUGGAGAGUUUUGUCCAGCUGGAAAAGGAUCUGGGCGAGAGCAGAGGAUUCGGAUUGAGUGUCAAUGGCCGCCAGUUGAUCCUGGUGACGCUGGCCAAACAGCCGGACGGACUCCAAGUCCUCCAGGUCAAGAAUCCUUGGCGCCCGGUUGACCUUUCUUAUUCGUGGGAGAACAGCGCCGAUUUGAUCCACUAUCAGGUCCAGCUGUGCUGGGAUCUCAACCGGCGCAGCUUGGCCACCCUGGGCGGGCGAGUUGUCGUUAAAACGUCGUCGUACGGACGCCGGAUCAGCGUCAAGACUGUGACUCCUCGCCGGGAAUGGUCGAUGGACUACGCGCUGGAAUUGACGUCCAGCAAAGUGGACCAUUCCGUCAGCCUUUCCUGGGCGGCCGACAGGACCGUAGGUUACCGGGUCCUGGCCGAAAACGCAUCCAGCCGACGCCGCACUCAACUGAGCGGCUCGGUUCGACUGGACUUGCCGGCCCGAUCCUUCCAGCUGGAAUCCGCCCAUUCCGACGGUGAGACCACGGCCACUCGGGUGGAAUUCCAGUGGAACGCCGCUAAAGAUCCUUCCAGGCGUCUGGGCGGUAGAUUCGAAACCCGCCAGGGCCGUCAGGUCCGCCUGAUUUUCCUCCAUCCGGAACUGGAACGUGACAUCGUCGUCCAGGGAGAAUUCGACCGGAUGAAUGACGGCCAAUUGACUGGCAAAAUGGAGUUGAUCUAUUCGCCGCUGGAAGAGCAUCGUCUAACCAUCGUCGGAUCGACAACCAGACAAGAAGCCGGGCGGGCUGUCCAGCUGGCCGUUUCGCAUCCGGCUUCCAACACUGACGUCCACCUGGUGGCCGACGGCCAGAAAACGACCGGAGUUGAAUUCCGAGCCCGUCUGGACUACAAGGAUCGCUCCAAAGUGUCCCGUUUCCUCCAGCUGGCCGGAAGAGUUUUGCCGGAGCAGAGACGCGUCGAUUUCGAGGCCCGGACGGCCGAGAAAUCCCUGAGCUUGACCAACGCUUUGACCACAUCCGGCAGCUCUUACGCCCUGGCGUCCAGGACUUUGGUCAACGACGCCCAGACUUUGAUCCUGGACGCCCGUCUGGAAACCUCGUCGCUCCGCCCAACUUUGCAGAUCGGUGGCUCUUACGCCGGAGGCAAAUCCUUCAACUUCCUGGCCGGCAUGCCGGACAGACGCGAGAUCACCGUCAGGGCCGUCCGCGACAUCCACGGACGGGAAAUCACUGACGGCCACUUUCAGAUCAAAUUGAACCGGACGGACCUCCUGUCGUCGAGACUUUACUGGCGCUGGGCUUCCGGAGCGGAAUUGCGCGAUGCGGCCGUCGACGGACUCGUCAACGUCCUGGCCGCCUGCGAAUCCUUCGCCGACGAUCUUGCCAAUUUCGCCACCAGCGAGUGGACGGACAAGCGUUCCACUUUGACCCCCGCGGCCCGUCUCAUUUCCCAACGGCUGACGGAGAGCCUGAACCGCGAGCUGGACACUUUCCGCUCGGAAUUCAAACAAAUGGCCGUCGAGUUGGUGGACAUGUACGAACGGAACGAUUUUUACAUCCAGAACGUCGUCGCCAUUAUGAAGCAGGUGACGUCGCUGGCCCAGCCUUUCAUCGACCGGACCGUGGCCAACAUCCAGGCCAUCAGCCGGACCAUCAUCGGCGAAACUGCCGUCUUCUACCGGGCGGCCGUCAGCACUUACAAUUACUUGGCCCAGGUGGCCAUGUCCGGCUACCAGCAGUUGUCCGGCUACGUUUCCAGCGGAGUGACGGAAGUGGCCCGCUAUUACAGCCAGCUGGCCGGCGAGGUGAUGAGGUGUUUGAUCCACUGCGAGUCCGUCGUGUCGGCUGCCUUCCAGCGCCUUCAGUUCAUUUUCCAGAAUUACGCCGGCCGUCUCGAGUCCGUCGUCAUGCAGCAAGUGGACGAAAUCCGGACGCAAUUGAUCGAAAUGGCCAAUUCUUACGCCGAGAUCUUCCAGCCCUACACCCAAUACUUUUACGCCUGGACCGAACGUGCCCGUCUCUUCUACUUUGAAACUUUGGCCAACCUCAACGAUAUGCGCCAAAUGAUCCACGACCGUUUCAUGACCUACCCCCUGUUCCAGCGCGUCUAUUCCGUCUACCUGGAAUACGCCAGUUGGCUGGAAGAGUUCCACGCCCAAGAUUACAUCGACGAUUGCAUCACUUACCUCAACCAGAUCAAGGAAGAAUGGAGGCAACGGAUCAAAUUGAUGAUGGCCCACUACCAACCGCUGAUUGAUCCUCUAGUUCAGGCCUACCAAGGGCAGCUGGACGCUUUGAAACAACUGCCGGCCGUCAUUUACAUCAACACGGUCGUCGACAGACUCGCCCAGCAGUUCAACGAAUUAUCCAAAUUGGUCGAAUUGGAAGCUGGACUCCGCCAAGUCUUGCGCGACGUUCUCCAACAUGCCGACCGGCUCACCGGACAGCUCCUCAAGGAUCUUAAAGGCUCAUUGAGUUUCCCAAUGAAACCAACUGUCGUCAUUGACUGGGAAUCCGGUCGGCUGGAAUACUCUCAGAAGUUGCCGUUCACCUGGGAAGAUUUCGGGCAAUUGCCGCGCAUCCGGGAGCUUCCGCUGCUCCGCAAAAUGGCGACGGCCAAGAAGAAUUUCAUCCGCGAAGUGGACGUCACCCAGUUCUACUUUACUACCAUGAACCUGCUGGCCAUCUACCGGCCCAUGCGGAUCGGUUCAAUCCUUCCGCCGUUCGGCAGCCGGGCCUUUGUGGCCGGCACUCAGCACUACAUGACGUUCGACCGGCGCUUCUACGAGUUCGCCGGCGAGUGCAGCUACCUGCUGGCCAGCGAUUUUCUGCGCAACGAUUUUAGCGCCGUCGUCAACUACGUGGGAGCCGGAGGCAAAGUCACCCGCAAAUCCCUGACGAUCCUGAGCGACAACCGACAAGUGGAAAUCGAUUCCGGCUUCCGGGUGACCCUCAACGGCCGCAAAAUUGAAAUGCCGCUGAUGUACGAGUCGACCAGCAUUGUCAGAGACGGGCAGCGCCUGAUUGUCACCAACAGCAAAUCCGGAUUCCGGGUGGAUUGCAACUUGUACCGCGACAUCUGCACCGUCCAGGUGACGGGCUGGAGUUUCGGCAAGACGGGCGGCCUUUUUGGCGUCUACAACAACGAGCCGGCCGACGAUUUCCUGACGCCGUUCCGCCAGCUGAGAUCCGACGACGAGGUGGACAGUUUCGCCAACAGCUGGAAGGUGGGCACGUCCCGCUGUCGGGUCCGCAACUUUGCCGUCACCCGGCCGGCGGCCCCCAACGCCCGCAACAGUCGCCUCUGCGACCAGCUCUUUGCCGACGAGUCGUCCGUCCUGAGGCCCUGCUUCCAGAUGGUCGACCCGGCCCCGUUCGCCCGCAUGUGCCUCAACGACUUGACUGGGCUGGAGAAUAGCCCCAAAAAGGAGACGGGCGUCUGCACGGCGGCCGCCGCCUACGUCAGCGAGUGCCGAUUUGCCGGCCUGGAUCUUUUUGUUCCGCCGCAGUGCGUCCGCUGCGAGCUGGAAGACGGAAAAGUCAUCGGUUCCGGCGAGAUUAAAACGUUCCAGAACGACGCCCCUCGCUCUGCCGACGUCGUUUUCAUCGUCGACCAGAAGCCGUGCCUCAACGGCACCCGAUUGGCCCAUCUGCCGGCCGCCAUCGACGCCGCGCUGAGGGAGCGCGGGAUCCAGCAGAACCGGUUCGCCGUCGUCAGUUACGGCGGACGCGGCGACGAAUUGUUCCAGAAGCCGCACGUCCGUACGGUCGAAGGCGGCCAGAUCUGGUCCAAUCGCAAGGGCGUCCAGUCGGCCUUGGAAGACCUGCCGUUGGCUGACCACCAGUCGACUCAUCCGUCGGACGUCCACGCGGCCCUGCGCUACGCCGUCAAUUUGCCAUUCCGUGUGGGCGUGUCCAAGCAGUUUGUCCUGGUCUCUUGCGGCGGAAGCGAGUGCCAGGCCGGCUCCUACGCCGACACCCUGACCCUCCUGAUUGAAAACGACGUCAAACUCCAUUUGCUCCAGCCCAGGGACUUUGUCGUCAAAGGCAAAAAUAGUUCCGACGAGUUGAAGAACGUGUUUGGAUUUGAUGCGGAAGAAGUUUACACGGUGCGGAAUAUCCGCAGUCUGAAAGGCGACCGGGAGCUGAGGCGUCAGCUGGCCGUGCCCAAGGACUUUUGCACUCCGCUGGCCCUGGAGACGAACGGAACCCUUUUCGAUUUGAAGAAGAUGAUGGCCGGACAGCAGCAGCAGCAAAUCAAGAAAUUUGUCGACAUCUUUGCCCGGCGGGUGGCCGUCACCGGUGAGCCGAGCCCGUGCCAGCGCUGCGAUUGCAUCGGCGACCGCGACGGAAUCGGGUCCAUCCUCUGCCAGCGUUGCGUCUCGCCCAUCAUGGAACGUCUUGACAAGGUCUGGGAGCAAUUGACUUACGAGAAUGAAAUGGCCAGCGCGGCCGAUGUGGAAGACGUCACCGUCGCUCAGAUCCAGGACGUCGCUUUGCUGGACGCUCCGCAGGACAAGCUGAUGGGCAGACUCGUCGUGGCCAGCCCUACCACACCCUUGCAAAAGUGAUAAACUCGAAUUUUCCACCAAUUAGGUUGCUAUCACCGGUGGUGCUGUCAACGCGUGUGCCACACAAUUUUCCUAGUAAUUUGUUAUUCGUUUCCCCUCCCCCUUUAGUCUAUAUUUGAUUCACUUCUAAUAGAAUUAUCCUCUUUGGAAAGAAAAUACUUGAAAGCUUUGUAUAUUAGUCGUUUUUACAAUGAUAUUAUUUAGUUCAAUGUAGUAGUACAACAUCAACAACCACAUGAUUAUCUGUUGUUAUUCUGAUUUUGAUGGGCGUUUAUUUUUAUCCAAUUCAAUACACUCUUUCUAUCCAA